AUGCGUCUAGAAAAUGAUUUUGUAGGUUUACUAGCUAACUGUCUUAGUGAAUGCGGUUAUGACAUUAGUGUUGCCAAAGAUUGCCCUUCUAUUAAUUCAAAAAUCACAGAAAAUAAUGAAGGCAAAGAAUUGCUUUUAAAUGUAUGUUCAAUCAAAAAAGUUCUGGAUACAGAAAAGUAUUCAAUGAUUGCUAAUGCUCCAGUUUUGAAAAGAGAAAAGGAUAUAGAUCCAGUCUGGAGACUUGCUUUACAGAAAUACAAUCUAGCAUCUUUUUAUAAAAAGACUCCUGAAAAUAUAACUGAAGAUUUUGUAGAAAAAUAUUCCCAAAAAGAGAUGCAAAAUGCGUAUAGUACAUUAGUUCAAGCUGUAAAUCCUCUUGAUGACUUACGUGAGAAUUAUAGAUUUAUAGUUAUUGGAGACUCACAAAAGAAGGCUUCUUGCAAUUCAUUAUUGCCAAAAGUUAUUGCCUUAGAGGAGAUUUUACGAGGGAUAGGUUUUUCUUCGGGUAUUCAUACAUCUUAUACUUUAUCACAUCAAGAUUUUGAUAUUAAUUUACCAAACUUCCUACCAAUUUAUAAGAAAAAUGAGUGUUGUUACUAUAUAAUAUUUGGGAAAAAAUGGAGAUCGCACGCUAACUAUAAUCUAAAGUAUUUUAUGGAAUUUCUUCUCAAACCACUAAAGGAAUUUAAAGUAUUAUUUUACCGAGAAAAAGAUCGUAGAAAUCAACUUACACACUUAAAACUUAAAAUAGAUGAAAAUCUAAAAAUGAUUCUUCCUAAUGCUUGUUUAAGCAAUAAU